CUGGACCAUGGUUCCUAGAGGCGGCUUCCUCCUCGUCGUCUUACUCUGUCGUAUUAACGUAUCUCUUCAAGCGGCUUGCCAAGGGUGUACUAAUCCAUUCACAUGUGAUUGCACUGGAAUUAAAGGUGAUCCUGGCGAUUAUGGUUUACCAGGAUAUCAAGGAGAGGAAGGUCCACCUGGGCCACCUGGUCCCGAUGGUCCCCCAGGUCCGAAGGGUCCAAAAGGAAAUGCUGGAGAUUUUGGGGGAAUAGGACCAAUGGGCCUUAGGGGAGAACCUGGACCACAGGGUAGAACAGGGCCUCCAGGAUUACACGGCUAUCCUGGAUUAGCUGGGCUCCCUGGACCAUUAGGUAUUGAUGGCUGCAAUGGCACAGAUGGUCUCCAAGGUGCACCAGGAAGUGACGGACCACCAGGACCAAGAGGCAUGGAGGGUCCUACAGGAUUCCCUGGAUCGCCGGGACCCCCAGGUCAAGGAGGAUCCAACAGUGAGGGCACUAAAGGAGAGGUUGGAAUGGGCGGAAGAAAAGGAAUCCCAGGAGGAAUUGGUUACAGAGGAUAUCCUGGUCUUUCUGGUGAACAGGGAAUAUUAGGUGAUGAGGGACCUCUGGGGAUACCAGGUGAUGCAGGAGAAAAAGGAGAAGAUGGUGACUCAGUCAGGGCCCCUAAAGGAUCAAAAGGAGAGAAAGGGGAGAAGGGACCUCCUGGACGUAUGAGUAAAGGUAACGGUUACCUCAUAAGCAAAGAAGUCAAGAAAGGACCCAAAGGUGAAAAGGGAGAGAAGGGCAUGCAUGGUGAUGGCGGAGAGCCUGGUUUUCAAGGGAAAAUUGGCCGUGCUGGUGUCAAGGGUGAUAAGGGUGGCCAGGGUAAAGUGGGGCCGAUCGGUAAACCUGGCAGGAUAGGGUCACCUGGACCUUCAGGACUGAAGGGGCAGAAGGGAGCGCCUGGCUAUGCUGGCAGGGAUGGUGAUUACGGAGAUAAGGGUGAGAGUGGAGAUGAUGGUUGGCCAGGUCGGCCUGGACCCCAGGGAAAUCAAGGUCUACCUGGUGUUUAUGACCCAAGCCUGGAUACUGGAGUUGUCAAAGGACCUCCUGGAAAACAAGGUCCACCAGGAUAUGAUGGUCCUAAAGGAGAAAGAGGCUAUAAAGGGCCUCCUGGCAAACCUGGAGUUAGGGGACCAACUGGACGUCCAGGUAACCCUGGACGAGAUGGAACAAAGGGACUUAAAGGCUUUUCAAUCAAAGGAGAACCAGGAAGAGAUGGUGUCCAAGGCCCUACUGGACCAGUUGGACAAGAAGGUCUCCCUGGACCUAUGGGUGCUCCAGGUUUUAAAGGCAAAGCAGGCGAAACUAUGAUCGGUCCUAAAGGGCCCUCAGGAAGACCAGGAUAUACUGGUUCUCCUGGUCUUCACGGAGAUAUAGGGGAACGUGGACCAAUAGGUGAGAAAGGAAGCCCAGGAAUACCUGGAGUGACACCACCCAUGGGCCCUCCAGGUGAAAAAGGUCUUCCAGGUCCUCCAGGAGAGCCAGGCGAACCUGGUGAUAAUGGCCGAGAUGGCAGGUGGGGUGAAAAAGGUCGACGUGGAGAUGAUUGUGGGGUUUGUCCUCCUGGUUUGAAAGGGGUUAAAGGACUACCUGGAGAUCAAGCUCGUCAUGGGCACCCUGGAAACCCUGGAGCGGUCGGACCACCAGGGCCCAAAGGUAGACGAGGAUUAAAGGGUUUCAGCGGACAGCCUGGUUUUCCUGGAAAAUAUGGUGUACCAGGCAUUCGUGGUCUGAAAGGUGAGGAAGGAGAUAAAGGAGACAGAGGUGAUUUGAUAGGAUUCCCACCAAGAGUAGAAGAAGGUGAUAAAGGAGAGAAGGGAAUACGAGGGGAUGAUGGGCCAGAAGGAAUUAAGGGCGUGUAUGGUGAUACUGGAUUCAUGGGAGAACUUGGUCCAAAAGGAGAAAAGGGUGGUGAUGGAGAACCUGGAUAUUCUGGAAGAAAUGGUCAAAAAGGUUUAGAUGGAAUAGAUGGUGAGCGUGGUGAAGGCAGCUUUAUUCCUAAAGAGAUUUUAGUUGGGGAUAAAGGACAUAGGGGUUUCGUGGGAGAUUCGGGAGAGCCCGGAUCACCUGGAGACCAGGGAGAAAGAGGAGAAAUACUUCAGCAAAUAAUUGAAAAGAUUUAUCCUGAAAGAGGGGAACAAGGCCAACCUGGUGAACCUGGUGAUGAGGGAAGAAAAGGAAUCACUGGUGACAAAGGAAAUAAUGGUCUUGAGGGCCUGCCAGGUAUGCGUGGACCACCUGGACCAACUACACAAGGGAGUGUUGGCCUCAAAGGUUUCCCCGGAAUUCAUGGAGAUGCUGGUUUCAGGGGGCAACCAGGAAAACCUGGUAUACCUGGUUACCCUGGCUCCCAGGGUAUACCUGGACAAAAGGGAGAUAGGGGUGAUCCUGGGUAUCCCUUACUUGAAGGACCUAAGGGACCACCUGGCGCUCCUGGAUCGAAAGGACCUAUAGGAUUACCUGGAAGACCUGGCUUUAAAGGACUAGAUGGUAUCCCUGGUGUUUGGGGCCUAAAAGGGGAAAAGGGCGCCCCUGGGUUCCAAGGUGACGAGGGUAGAAAGGGAGAUAAAGGAAUGAUUGGUCCAAUUGUGGUUGGCUCACCAGGUAUGCCAGGGGAUUAUGGGAUGCCUGGAAUGCCCGGUAUUUUCGGUGAUAAAGGACCAAAAGGUAGAGAUGGAAUUAAGGGAAGCAAAGGAGAGAGAGGGUUGAGGGGAGAUGCUGGCGCGCAAGGCCUACGUGGCCUGGAAGGAGAUAUUGGUCCCCAAGGAUUCAUCGGGAGGCCUGGGCACUCCGGCAAUCCUGGCUAUAAUGGAACGGAAGGAGAUACUGGUCUCAUGGGACCACCAGGAAGGAAGGGAGAUCCUGGUCCCUUUGGGGCCAUUGGUCCGUUGGGUGAUAAAGGACCGAUAGGACCAAAGGGAUUACCUGGCCCACAGGGUUAUGAAGGAGCUGUUGGAAGAAAGGGUUCUAUCGGACCAUUAGGAGAUGUUGGACCUAGAGGCUUUCCUGGUAUUCCCUCCAUUAAAGGAUACCCAGGAGAUAUGGGAUACCCAGGCCCCAUUGGUCCGAUUGGAGGGCCAGGUAACCCUGGUAUGGAUGGAAUUCCUGGUCGCCAUGGUGACCCAGGAAUGUCUUUCAAUGCCCCUCCAGGAAUAGUUGGUGAUGAUGGAGAGCCAGGGAUAGAUGGACUUCCAGGACGUGAUGGAUUUAAAGGUGUUAAAGGCUCGAUAGGAGAGGCAGGAAAUGUGGGCCCUGAAGGAUUGGUAGGUGAGUUAGGAUUGCCAGGCUUUCCAGGAUUAAGAGGAAGGGAUGGUCUUAAAGGAAUGAAUGGGCUUCCUGGCGCUCCUGGAUGGAGAGGAAACAAAGGAGAACCAGGAAUGAGUGGAGACCCAGGGGAGAUGGGCAGACCUGGAGACGUAGGAGAUCAGGGUAGGCGUGGCAUACCUGGAGUUGAUGGCUACCCAGGAGAGAAAGGUUAUGCAGGUGACAUUGGCCCUCCAGGAGAUUUUCCUGUAGUUGACAUUGGUGACCAAGGUGUUCCAGGUAUGCGUGGAGCUAGAGGACCAAAAGGUUUUAUUGGUGAUGUCGGACCAAUCGGAGGUAUUGGAUUAGAGGGUGAGGAAGGAGAAACAGGUGAAAGAGGGGAUCCAGGAGCAUUUGGUCUUCCAGGGAUGCCAGGUCCAAAGGGAGAUUCUGGUCCUCGAGGACUUCCAGGAAUGGCAGGAAUCAAAGGUGGUCCGGGUGAUGGUGGCAUUACUGGCUUAGAUGCGCCUGAUGGAUAUCCCGGACUGCCAGGUCCGAAAGGGGCUCCUGGAGAGUAUGGAGAGAACGGUCUUAAAGGACCUACUGGAGAAUCUGGGCUGUCUAUUCCUGGAAUCAAAGGAAUGAAAGGAGAGCCAGGAAUCACAAUCCAUGGUAAAGACGGUGUCAAUGGGAUCCCAGGUCCACCUGGAUUUACUGGUAGAAAGGGAGAAAAGGGUGAGGAUGGUGCACCAGGACCUUUCGUCAUUAACCCACCUGGCCGAAAGGGAGAAAGAGGUUUGCCUGGAUUACCAGGACAAAAAGGGAUUAAAGGCGAUGAAGGAAUAUCAGGAUUUCCUGGACAAAAAGGGAUUGUUGGCAUGGAAGGUCCACCUGGGCCUCCUGGUAUGGGUGGCAUGCCAGGUAUGCCUGGAGAUGAAGGCGACAAGGGUCCGGCAGGUACUCCAGGUUAUUCACCUUAUGAUGGCUCAAAGGGAGAUGCUGGAGAAAUAGGUCGAACAGGGGAACCAGGUAUGCCUGGAAUGGAUGGUGUCCCAGGAAUCCGAGGUGCAGAAGGGAGGCCCGGUCCGCCAGGUGAUGGUGGUCAAGCAGGCAGGCCAGGGCGUCCUGGUGACCGAGGGGAUGGUGGCAUACCUGGCAAGCCAGGCAUUCCUGGAAGAGAUGGCACCGUUGGCAUUAAAGGAUUGCCUGGUAACCAAGGACAGCCUGCCCCCAACUCCAUAGGUCCUCCUCACAGAGGAUUCUUCUACACUAUUCAUUCACAGAGUGAUAUGAUUCCUCAAUGUCCUCAGGGUUCCACGCAAAUGUGGACUGGCUAUUCUUUACUGCAUUUUAUGGGAGAUGCAAAAGCUCACGGACAAGAUCUGGGUGCUCCGGGAAGUUGUCUGAGGUAUUUCAGCACAAUGCCAUUCCUGUUCUGUUCGAUGAACAAUGUUUGUAAUUACGCUUCCAGGAGCGAUUACAGCUACUGGCUCAGCACAACAGAGGAAAUGCCUAUCACGAUGGCGCCAAUCAAAGCUCAGAAUAUAGAGAAAUACAUUUCAAGAUGUUCCGUUUGUGAGUCUGCGACACGAGUGAUAGCCAUGCACAGCCAGUCCAUGUCUGUUCCAGCUUGCCCCAGGCAAUGGGAAGAGCUCUGGGUUGGCUACAGUUUUCUUAUGCAUACUGAUGCUGGAGCUGAAGGAGGAGGUCAGUCGCUAGUAAGCCCUGGGUCAUGCUUGAGGGAGUUCCGUUCAUCACCAUUCAUCGAGUGUCAUGGUGAUGGAAAGUGCAACUAUUUUCCGUCUGCCUUCUCUUAUUGGCUGGCUACCGUUGAUCAAAGGAACAUGUUCAGGAGACCUAAUCAACAAACUCUCAAGCGUGGAAUGCUUGAGACCAGAAUCAGUAGAUGCGUUGUUUGUAUCAGAAGUAGACCUAUUCGUAGGUCGCCUUAGCAUAUGUAAAUAUAUGAAGCAAUUUUUUCUACUUUUCUACGACCUACUAUCGAGUUUCCUAAAGAAUUUGUAUAUACCUAUAGUUUUAUGUUUAUGUUACGAAAAUUACUUCUAUAAAAUUUAACCAAAUGUUUUAUUCAAUAAUCUGGAAAAUUUUGGAAAUAGAAAGUUACCAUAAUGCUUUUUAUAAAAUGCAUUUAAUAAAUGUUUGGAAGUUUACAGAAGAGACAUUUUAUUAUUAGUUUAAACUAUUUUGAUUGAUGUAGUAAAAUUUGAUUAAUUAAUACUUAAGGUUUACUUAUACUUAAAUUUGUAAAAUAACAUCUUCAUUCGCUCAUGUCACCAACUGCUUUUAAUAGGUUUGUUUGGCUGUCUGUAAAUAAUAAAUUUGUUUUUUUAAAUAUUAAAUAUAUCUAGAAAUAAAUGUGAUAAUAUUAAACUUAUGUGCCAUUGAUUUGUAUACUAUAAAUUAUAGCUCAUAUUAGUUACAUUUUUGUUGAUGUGAAACAAUUAUUUAUAAACUGAAUAAAAAUAUACGUUAUUAAAAAAAAAAUGUAUUUAAAAAAAGAAUUAUAUGCUUCUAUUCACUAGUUACAACUGUUUAUCUACACCAAUUUUGUUCAUGAAUCAGUCAGUAAUUUAAAAAAUACACAAAUCACGUAAUUUAAUUUGUAAAUAUUUUCUUUCAAUAUAAUUCAAGACAAUCAGCUAUUUGUAGGAUUAUUUUAAUUUAUAUAUACAUUUUUUUAAUUUUCAAAAUAUAAAUUCAAAUUUUUUUGUUUA